UAACAUUACCAACCAUACCAAUGUACACAACAACUGGCUACACCCCAUCCCAUCCAUUCAUCAUUUUCAAACAUUUCAACCUUUCUUUGUUGCUUCCUCUCCUCCCUACUCUCACCCAAACCCAACUAUAAAGACUAUCCCAACUCAAAUCACAAUUCACUCAUCAAAAUCAAAUCUUUUUCUUCUACAAGUCUCUAAACUUUAACCUCCUCACUUACAAAGAAGAAUAUGGCUUCUCUUUCUUCACUCAUCAAAUGUUCCUCUGUUUUGUUGUUGGUUUCUAUUCUAGUUUUUGGCUCUUUUGUGGUUAGUGUCUCAGCUGGUGAUUUGAACCAAGAUUUUAAGAUUACAUGGGGUGAUGGCAGAGCUAAUAUUGUCAACAAUGGAGAGCUUCUUACUCUGUUGCUUGACAAAGGGUCUGGCUCUGGUUUUGAGUCAAAGAAUGAGUAUUUGUUUGGCCAAAUUGAUAUGCAAAUCAAGCUUGUUGCAGGCAACUCUGCUGGCACUGUCACUGCCUAUUAUUUGUCAUCAAAAGGGUCAACUUGGGAUGAGAUUGAUUUUGAGUUCUUGGGGAAUCUGAGUGGUGAUCCUUACAUUCUUCACACCAAUGUGUUCAGCCAAGGCAAAGGCAACAGAGAACAACAAUUCUACUUAUGGUUUGAUCCAACUGCUGAUUUCCACACAUACUCCAUUCUUUGGAACCCUCAACACAUUGUUUUCUCAGUGGAUGGUACCCCAAUUAGAAAAUUCAAAAACUUGGAAUCAAAGGGUGUGCCAUACCCAAAGAACCAACCAAUGAGAAUCCACUCAAGCCUUUGGAAUGCUGAUGAUUGGGCCACAAGGGGUGGUUUGGUUAAGACUGAUUGGAGUAAGGCUCCCUUCACAGCCUCAUACAGAAACUUCAAAGCCAAUGCUUGUGUUGUGAGCUCUGGCUCAUCUUCUUGUGCCUCAAACUCUCAAACUAACUCAAAUUCAUGGCUCAACCAAGAGUUGGACUCAGCUGGUGAACAAAAGCUGAAAUGGGUUCAAAAGAACUACUUGAUCUACAAUUACUGCACUGAUUCUAAGAGAUUUCCCCAAGGCUUCCCUCUAGAAUGCACAGUGGCCUAAACGAUGAACUGAGUUUCAUUAUUGUCUUUGAUGUAACUAUUUUGUUUUUGUUUGUUUGUUUGUUAGUAAAUAUAUAUAAAAUUCUUUAUUCGUUUAGAAUAGACAUGUGAUGUAUCCCACAAAUCUACCUAAAUAAUACAAUUUAAUUAUAUGCCA